CUCCUCACGUGACGGCGGCCGCGAUGGCGGCGGAGGAGGAGCGGUCGCUGCUCGGCUACCCCGAUGGCGAUGGCGGUUCCGCGGGGUCCCCCCGCGCCCUGCCCGCCGCCUGCGACCCGCGGCGCCUGCCGCACCGCCUCCUCGUCCUCACGCUCAUGUGCUUCCUGGGCUUCGGCAGCUGCUUCUGCUACGACAACCCGGCGGCUCUCCAGACCCAGGUGCAACGGGAUAUGAAGGUGAACACAGCUCAGUUCAUGGCACUCUAUGCCUGGUAUUCCUGGCCCAAUGUGGUUCUUUGCUUCUUUGGAGGUUUUCUGAUAGACAGAGUAUUUGGGAUACGGUUGGGCACUGUAAUAUUUAGUAUCUUUGUUUGUGUCGGGCAGGUGAUUUUUGCUUUGGGAGCACUACUUAAUGCUUUCUGGCUGAUGGACGUGGGCAGAUUCAUAUUUGGAAUAGGUGGAGAGUCCUUAGCGGUGGCACAGAACACGUAUGCAGUCAGUUGGUUUAAAGGCAAGGAGUUAAAUCUUGUGUUUGGAUUGCAGCUAAGCAUGGCCAGAAUUGGGAGCACAGUGAACAUGAAUAUCAUGGGAUGGAUAUACUCUAGAGUUCGAGAUCUUCUGGGGUACACUGGUCCCAGUACUCUUGGGUUAACUCUUAUGAUAGGUGGCCUAACGUGUCUCUUUUCACUGGCCUGUGCAUUAAUCCUGGCUUAUCUGGACAAGAGAGCAGAGAAGCUCCUUUGUAAAGAGCAAGGGAAGACGGGUGAAGUGAUUAAGCUAACUGAUGUGAAGGACUUCUCUUUGUCCUUGUGGCUUAUAUUUGUAAUCUGUGUCUGUUACUAUGCAGCAGUUUUUCCCUUCAUUGGACUUGGAAAGGUUUUCUUUAUUGAGAAAUUCAAAUUCUCAUCUCAAGAAGCAAGUGCAAUUAACAGUAUUGUAUAUAUCAUAUCAGUACCCAUGUCCCCUGUCUUUGGACUCCUGGUGGAUAAACUUGGAAAGAAUAUCAUCUGGGUUUUAUGUGCUGUAAUAACUACACUUGCUUCUCAUAUUAUGUUGGCUUUUACCUUCUGGAACCCCUGGAUAGCAAUGAGUUUGCUAGGAGUGGCUUACUCAUUGCUUGCCUGUGCCCUGUGGCCCAUGGUGGCCUUUGUUGUUCCAGAACACCAGCUGGGAACUGCUUAUGGCUUUAUGCAGUCUAUCCAGAAUCUCGGUCUGGCAAUUAUUGCUAUAGCAGCUGGGAUGAUUCUGGACACAAGAGGAUACUUGUUUCUUGAAGUCUUCUUCAGUGCUUGUGUUUGCUUGGCACUAAUAGCUGUAGUCAUGCUGUAUUUUGUGAAUCACCUCACAGGUGGUGAUCUCAACUGGUCCGCAAAGAAAAGGGAAAAACUGCAAAAAGUAGCUGCAACUGAAAAAGAAAGUUGAAUAGCAAAUAUCAUCCAGAAGUGGGGAGCAUUUGAUCAGCAUCAUGUCAACUUGAAGAAUUAUAAUGUUUAGUUUGGUCACUCUGCACAGUAGUUCUUUGGAAAAGAAAGUAACUUGCUGGGGGCUUUACAGGAAAUGGCUAAAUUUUAUGCUUUGUAACCAAAUCAUCUCUUUGAAUUUGAACAGAAUGGGUUUAUACCAUUUUGCACUGUGUUUAAGCUCUGUGGUUGGAGAGGGUACUCUGCAAGCUGAGACAAACGUGUUCAUCUGAAAAUGAAGACUAGUGUAAAGUGUCUUUUUGGUCCAGCACUACCCUCUUGGUGUGGGGGAGAUUUCUUUACCUAAUGGCACUUUAUGUUCUGUAGUAAGGCUCACUGCCUUACAGAGCUUAGAAACGGGUCACUGUUACUGCCUUUGUCACGGUCUUAAUGCAAACCACUGUCUUACGCAAAGUGUAUUUAGAGCUUUGGUUCUGUUUAAGGCUUAUAUGAAGAAAGAGCCACGAUGCCCUGGUCAAAUAUUGACACUUUUGUAGGAGACUGCUAUUAAUUCUGAAGACUGCUGAGCAGUCUUUUAUUUGCAUUUUUGACAACUGAUUCUUUUUGUAAUGUAAUUUUAAGGAGUGAAAGCUUGUUUAAUAAAGAGACGGUAAAAAUUGUUACAAAAGCUUACUGAGCACGUUGUAAUCUGUGAAAACCAAAAGGUUGAUCUUUCUACCGAAGUCUUGCAAUCUGAAUAAAAGGAAACUGCAGAAAA